CGACAUUAUCAAAAUGGAUUUCUAGUACAGCCAAUCGGAAUUUGGUUAGUCUAAAGUAUCGCCGACAAAAUGACCGAAUACGUAACGUCCAUGAUCAGCACCGUCUUGAAGAAAUACCAGACGAGUGCCACGAAAUCGCUGCAGGGACCAGGACACGCACUAACAACCGCCGGUGUCCUGGACAUUGCCACCAAUGGACGAAGUGAGAGUCCUGGCCUGGGCCUGUCCAAUGGAAAGUGUCAGGCAUCUCCGCCAGGUGUUGCUCUUAUAAAAAAGGAAAUACUCAGUUCACCGGAACCCCAGGAACUCCAUCACCAUGAGUGCUCUUCGCGGGGCACGCCACCACAGAUAUAUCCACCUGCCACACCGCCACGGGAACUCUCACAACCCAUCCUAUCGGUAGCGGAUUCGGGAUGUGGAGAACUUUAUGAGACAAAAUUGGAGGACAAGACCAUUGGAUGCUUUUCCGUGGGCGGGGAAAUGAGACUUUGUCUGCCCCAAUUUCUCAACAAUGUCCUCAAUGACUUCUCCCUCGAGCAGAUCAACAGGAUCUUCGAUGAACUGGGCAUAUACUGCUCGCAGUGCACGCCCGACCAGCUGGUAGAGUUCAAGGCCGCCAAGAUCCUGCCUUCGGAUGUGAAAGCCAGUGGCCUGAUCACCAGAACCGAUGCCGAGCGCCUCUGUGCAGCGCUGCUCCAUCGUUCGGAUCGGAAUAGCUAUGUGCCGAUCGAGAGUUUGGCCAAGGGAGCCCUGAGCUUCCAUGUGUAUCACAAGUGCUUCGGCAAGUGCGAGGGCAUCUGCACUCCGGACAUGUACUCGUAUCAGAAACCGACUUGCAUCAAGUGCCUCGAGUGCGACGGCUGGUUCUCGCCACAGAAGUUCGUGGGUCAUGUCCAUCGGAAGUUCGAGAACCAGACCUGCCACUGGGGCUUCGAUUCGCGCAACUGGCAUGACUAUCUUCAUGUGGCGUUGGAUGUGGAGAAUCGCGAGAAGUACCAGAUCGUCCUGGAUGAGCUGAAGGAGGUGGAGCUGAAGGAGAUGCAAAAGGCCCAACGGGAAUUGGAUCACAAAAAACGAAAG